CCAUACAUACCCACAGUGGUGGAAACAGUGCCACUGCUGCAUGUCUUUUUGAUGUCCUUCAUCCUUGCUAUCUUGCCAAGUCCAAUGUUCCAGCCAUUCUUUAGCUUUGGGUGUAAUGUCUAUAUGCGGUAUCUUCAAUAAAAGACAUCUGCUCAUUCUAAAAGGUCAAAAGACUGGAUGGAACCAUUUUUUUCUGCUUAUAAGAUGCAGAGAUAUUAGAUUGAAGUUGCUUAGAACCUUCAGGAUUUGCAGUGGGUGGGCAUAGGACAGCAUGAAUUAGGCGUGCAUCAGGAUGGUGCUUAGGCCUCUGGCAUGGCUGACUCUGUUGAUGAAAAAAGGACACUAAAAAAUGUGAUAGGAAUGGCAAAAUAAUAGGAAUGGCCAAACUUUCUGAUGCUACAGAUCACAUCUGGCAGUCUUUCAACUGAGAUCUGGCCCAGGUUGCCCAGAGAACUGGUGGCUACCGAUCCCUGGAGGUGUUGAAGGCCAGGUUGGAUGAGGCUUGGAGCAACCUGAACCAGUGGAAGGUGUCCCUGCUCAUGGCAGGGGGUUGGAACUGGAUGGGCUUUGAGGUCCCUUCCCUUCCAACCCAAAUCAGUCCAUGAUUCUAUGAUCUGCCAGGUACUGCCUAACUCAGAGGGACGGGAGGAGGAGAUCUCCAGGUGCAUACAACAGAUGGGAGCGACAGUGUCUCCCAGCACCUAUCACUCUGCUGUCAGAUGCAUCUCAGCCGGGUAUGCAGAAAGACUUCAUGAUAUGACUGAACACGAGACAGCAGCAGCCUAGGUGGCCAAGAAGGUCAGUAACAUCUCCGCCUCUGUCAGAAACAGUGUGGCCUGCAGGACCAGAGGAAUGAUUGUGCCCCUGCACUUGGCACUGGUGAGGCCACACUUUGAAUCCUGGGCUUGCUUUUGGGCCCCUCAGGACAAGAAGGACCUUGAGGGGCUGGAGCUCAUCUGGAGAAGGAGAAUGGAGCAGAUGAAAGGGCUGGAGAACAAGUGUUAUGAGAUGCGGCUGAGGGUUGUUUAGCCUGGAGAAAAGGAGACUGAGGUGAGACCUCAUUGCUGUCUCCAACUGCCUGAAAGGAGGUUGUAGUGAGGUGGGUGUUGGUCUCUUCUCCCAGGUGACAGGCGACAGGAUGAGAGGAAAUGGCCUCAAGUUGCACCAGGGCAGGUUUAGAUCGGACAUAAGGAAAAUUUUCUUCACUGAAAGAGUUCUCAGGCCCUGGCAGAUAAUGCCCAGGGAGGUGGUUGAGUCCCAUCCCUGGAGGGAUUUAAAAGCCAGGCAGAAGAGGUGCUCAGGGAUGGUUUAGUAGUGCACAGGUACGGUUGGGCUUGAUGAUCUCAAAGGUCUUUUCCAACCAAGCGAUUCUAUGGUUCUAUUCUAAGAUCUUCCUGGCUUGCUUCCUCCCAUGCACAGAAUAAAAUUACCCCAAACCUUUCAUGCCUCCAAGUUGUGAAGCUGUGUUUUUGCUGGUCUUAAGCUGUGUUCUGGCCAAUUUUAACCAUGGUGGAAGAUAGGAAACAACUGUCAGUGUCCACCAGGGAAGGGUGAAGCAGCAGCAGGUGUUGGGGCAGGAUUACACAGGGCUGGUCUUGCCUGGUGCUAAGCACCACACACUCCAGGCUCACUCAGGAUUAAUGCCCUUCUCUGUUCUGCUCUGUGCACAAGAGGAACAGAAAGGAAAGAAUAAGGAGGGAACUUCUCCAUAAGAAAGUGGAGAGGGAGAAAAGAAGAUUCCCAAGGGGAGUAUUCCCAGGCCACUGGUUGUUUUGUGCCAUGCUCAUUACUUUGUUGAUGAACCUGGUGGAUCCUUGCACGGGGAGAAAUAGUGCUCAGCAGAGCAGCCCCAGAACCUCUGGUGGAGCACUGGCACAGCAGGUCCUGAGGCAGCACUUGAUGGGACCACCCUUUGCUCAAGGUACCUGAAUUCCAGCUACCAUCAGAGGAGAGAUUAAUGCUGAGGAACACACGCAGCUUCAGCGGAAAGGAGCUUUGGUGGAGAGGUUCCUGCCCUGCAGCAUCCUCACACACAGUGCGGCUCCCAUCCUGGAAACUUCCAGUUUCUCCCUGGAUCUCUGUCCUUCCUGGCCACAACCAUUGUCCAAAGCAGCGGAAAGCCAUGGAGCCUGUGCCACAGCAGGCAAGUGGCUGAGGGGACAGCCAGGAAGGAAUCCUGUGGGUGAUUUAGUAGCACAUUUAGUGGCACAGUUGAAGAUCACAGCUUGCAGCGCUUUUGGUGGUUCUCCAUCACCCAGCCCAGCAGAGCUUCAUCUGCCUCCUCGUUUGCCCUCACAGCCAGAGGGGAUUUGGGAACUUCUGUGUAAGCAGGGUUUGGGCUACGGCAUAGCAUGACUGCUCUCCACCCCGUGUGACAUGCCCUUCCCCAACAGCUCUGACCUCAGCCCUUCUUCCUUCAUCCUGGCCAGCAUCCCAGGGCUGGAGGCUGCCCAUGUCUGGAUGGCGAUACUUCUGUGUUCCGUGUACCUCUUGGCCGUCACCGGAAACUGCGCGGUGCUCUUCAUUGUGAAGAUUGAGCCCAGCCUGCACACUCCCAUGUACUUCUUCCUCUGCAUGCUGGCUGCCAUCGACCUGACCCUGUCUACCUCCACAGUGCCGCGCGUCCUCUCCUUCUACUGGUUCAACACCAGGGAGAUCAGCUUUGGCGCUUGCCUUGUCCAGAUGUUCCUCAUCCACACCCUUUCAGCCAUUGAGUCCACUGUCCUCCUGGCCAUGGCCAUGGACCGGUACGUGGCCAUCUGCCACCCGCUGAGACAUGCUGCCAUCCUCACCAACGCCACGACUGCAAAAAUAGGUGUGGCAGCCAUGGCCAGGGGUGUUCUCUUCUUCCUGCCUUUGCCUUUGCUCCUCGUGCCCCUUCCCUUCUGCAGAUCCCGGGUGCUGUCGCACUCCUUCUGCCUGCACCAGGACGUGAUGAACCUGGCCUGUGCCAACACCACCCCCAGUGUGGUGUACGGCCUCACAGCCAUCCUGCUGGUCAUGGGGCUGGACGCCAUCCUCAUCUGCCUCUCCUACAUCUUGAUCAUUAAGGCUGUCUUGCGGCUGGCAUCCUGGAAGGAGAGGCUCAAGGCAUUCAGCACCUGCAUUGCCCAUAUCUGUGUGGUCCUGACCUUCUACGUUCCCCUGAUAGGGCUGUCUGUGGUGCACAGGUUUGGGAAGGACCUGGCUCCAUUGGUCCAUAUUGUCAUGGGGAACGUCUACAUUCUGGUGCCUGCUGUGGCCCACCCCAUCAUCUAUGGGGUGAGGACCAAAGUGAUACAGAGGAGAAUCCUGAAUUUCAUUCAUAUCUGCAAUGACAGACCUGCCCAGUGACCUGUGCUUGGCCGCUGGCUCCUGUACCCUCACACCUCCUCAUCUUGUUUUACGUUUGAGAGUCUUUGGUGCAGGACCAUUCUCUGUUUGUGGGGUGCCCAGCACAUGGUAGGAGCCCCUGAAGAGCUACUGCAAGGCGAAGAGUAAACUCCUUCUAAGAGUGUUUACCCUUGCCAGACUUGUAGAAGAUCUACUACAAUGGUCUAAAUCCACCACACCAUCAUUGGUCAACGGAGAGAGGAGACCAGCAUGAGCAGGCACUGAGCUCUUCUCUCUAACACAAGGGAAUGGCAGGAAGGCGGGCCACGGGAGGGUUAGGUUGGACAUUAGGAGAAGGUUUUUCACCCAGACAUGGAGCUCUGGAACAGCUGCCCAGGGAAGCGGUCACAGGGCCCAGCAGGGUUUGGCCAAAGCCUUCAGCCACACGGUGUGAAUGUAGGGAUUUUCCUGUGCUGGGACAGGAUCUGGACACGAUGAUCCUUGUGGGUCCCUUCCAGCUCAGGACAUUCUAUGAUUCAACGUGAAGGAAAGUGGCACAGCAAACCAAUAAACAUCUUGACAUUGUGCUUCUCUGUCCCCAUCUCACCUAUAACAAUGGCAGAGCUGAGUGAAUGCUGCAGUGUUUUGGGGCAAUUUCAUUAAUUCCUGGUUCUUCUUGUGGCACAUUCACUUUCUCAAAACAUUUUGGUGAAAUUUUGCCCAAAACUUUGGCUUUAGCACCAAUCUCUAAGUAAAAUAAUGGCAGAAGGUGACAUUAUCGUUGCAGGAAUGCACCUCAGAAGAAGUCCUACACCUCCACAGUCUUGUUAUGGUCCAUUGGGUGUUCAGUCAAGAUUGCUCAGCCUCCUUGUGGAGGAUGACUUUGAAAAAUUUCAGACCCGGGAUUUCUGGCAGCAAUUGUAAAACCAAUUUUAGUUAAUAAUUAUAUUCAAUAAAAUGACAACAUCUUGACAGAAAGAGUAAGCAAGUUAUAAAAGUUAGUGAUGCUUUAGUGUGAUCGGACUGGAUGAGCUUAAAGACUAAACAUUAAGAAGAAAUUCUUCAUGCUGCUGGUGGUGAGACCCUGGCCCAGGCUGCACAGAGAAGCGGUGGCUGCCCCAUACCUGGAGGUGUGGAAGGCCAGAUUGGAUGGGGCUUGGAGCAACCUGAUCCAGUGGGAGGUGUCCCUGCCCAUGGGAGGGGUGGGACUGGAUGGGCUUUGAGUUCUCUUCCAACCCAACUCAAUCCACGAUUCCUAUGAUUCCAAGCUGAAGGAAGUCAUAGAUCUAAGUCAAAGGCGUUUCAUACCUUUGACUUCACACAUGCUUGCAGUUCUUAAUAAGCUGUAAAUUAAUUUUGAGGUAUUCAGCUUCCAAGGUUUUUUCUAGUUCCUGGGUAUGGCCCAUGAAACAAAGUCCCCGGUAGCCUUUUCGCUCUUUAUUCUCAUAACUCCAUCCAAAGCCAUGGUACCAGCAGGGCCAGGGAGGGGAUUCUGCCCCUCUGCUCUGCUCUGAGGAGACCUCACCUGGAGCCCCACAUCCAGCUCUGAAGUCCUCAGCACAGGAAAGACAUAGAGCUGUUGGGGGGCGAGUCCAGAGGAGGCCACAGAGAUGAUGCUUCUGCUGGAGCACCUCCUGUCCGACGACAGGCUGGGAGAGUUGGGUUAGUUCAUCCUGGAGAAGAGAAGGCUGCGGGGAGAUCUUCGAGCAGCUUCCAGUACAGAAUGGGCUCCAGGAAAGCUGGGGAGGGACUCUGGAUCAGGGAAUGCAGGGAUGGGACGAGGGGAAUGGUUUUGAGGUGAAAGAGGGAAGACUGAGAUGAGAUCUUAGGAAGAAAUGUUUUGCUGUGAGGGUGGGGAGGCUCUGGCCCAGAUUUCCCAGAGCAGUGGUGGCUGCCCCAUCACUGGAGGUGUUGAAGGCCAGGUUGGAUGGGGCUUGGAGCCCCUGAUCUGGUGGGAGGUGUUGCUGCUCAUGGCAAGGGGUAAACAGGAUGGGCUUUGAGGUCCCUCCCAAUGCAAAACAUUCCAUGAUUCUAUGAAAUGAUGGCAGUAGCUGGAGUUUGGUGGUUUCUCCCACCAGAGAAUAAAACGCCAUUCUUUCAGACUGCGCUUGUACAGCUUCAGCCUUCAUAAAACACUUCUUGCUUUAACCUUUUCUGCGAAAUUAAAGCCCAUUUUAUUUCAGAAGAAAUACUUUCAUUUAAGUCCAUCACAAGGAGUUGCCACCUGGGACUCAAAGGCAAUUUCCAUCCCUGCCCCCCCCCCCCACACCCCCUCCCGCCACUGUUGUCUCCUUCUGCUUUAUCAGACAGAGCUUUGAAUGCAGAGAUUUCCAUCAAAAUGAGAGCAGUCUGUACCUGCCUAACAAGAUUUGGGAGGUGUGGGUGCAGUUUUCAGUGGUGCUGUAGAUCUAAACUCCUUUCAGGAGGCCGUGGGGCUGAAGAAUCACUCCUGCUCAUUCCCCAUAUGUUCCUUAUUUUUAUUCUUCUUCUGGUGAGAGAAAAAUUAAUAAAGAGAAAUGAAUGAACCACCUUGUAAGUGCUGUUCUAUAUUUCCAAGCUGCUUCUUUCUCCGAAAGACAGUUAAUAAACGCUCUG